UGUGGGCGUGGCCCGAGCUGGAGCCCGGAGCCGCCGCCGCGCUGCCCCGGCGAGGCGGAACUGAGAUCUGUCUCUUGGUUAUCAUGUGACGGGCUCUGGAUUUAAUGGAGGAGAAAGGGUGGAAAAGGCCGAGGAUCCAAACUGGCGAGCUUUCUGGUCUCCGCGGCCCUCCCCGCUCUCCGGCCGGCGGCGCUGCCAGCCUCCUAUGCCACCAUGGCAGCCUUUGGUCAGGAAAGGAGACCUGGAGAAAAUGCCUUCCUGGGAGCAAAAGCCUCCGCUUUUCAUACUGCAGUAUGAAGCAUCCCGAUCUGCCAGCUAAGGUAUAUUUCCCUUUUUUCGACUCUGCAACAGCUUCUUUAAACUGUUUAAAUGAGAAUGUCCUUGGCUCAGAGAGUACUACUCACCUGGCUUUUCACAUUACUCUUCUUGAUCAUGUUGGUGUUGAAACUGGAUGAGAAGGCACCUUGGAACUGGUUCCUCAUUUUUAUUCCAGUCUGGAUAUUUGAUACUAUCCUUCUUGUCAUGCUGAUUGUGAAAAUGGCUGGGCGAUGUAAGUCUGGCUUUGACCCUCGACAUGGAUCACACAAUAUAAAAAAAAAAGCCUGGUACCUCAUUGCAAUGUUACUUAAAUUAGCCUUCUGCCUUGCACUCUGUGCUAAACUGGAACAGUUUACUACCAUGAAUCUGUCCUAUGUCUUCAUUCCUUUAUGGGCCUUACUGGCUGGGGCUUUGAUAGAACUUGGAUAUAACGUCUUUUUUGUGAGAGACUGACUUCUAAGGACAUCAUCUCAUUUUAUUGCUGUUCAACAAGCUAUCAUUAAAGUGUUUGAAUCUUUGCAAGCUUGAAGAAUACCAGAGAACUGAGAAAAAUAACCAAAUGUAGUUUUAUACUGCUUCCAUAAAAUAGUCUUUGUGAAUCAUGGACUUCUAGUCAAUCCAAAGCUUAAUUAUUCAAUAUUUCAGUUAUUAAUAUCCUUAUUAUCCCUAUAUAAAUAAAGUUUGUUUUUUGACCUCA